CAUGAUGAAUGUAUCAACUCGCUCAGGCUGAUGGGAGGAGGCUUUCUGAAGAAGCACAACUAGGUUUAGAGGCGACUGGUGGGUUGGACUAUAAAGGGGGAGCUUUGGCAGAGUGGACAUCUUUUCUCCAAGUGCGCAGUUGAUUAAACAUCGGUUCUUCCCGUCUGUUCAGGAUGCAUUUUUAUGGAGCGCUGAUCCUGUUUGUGACUGUGUCUGCGGCAUGUGGACUGACCUGCUACUCAUGUGAUGGCAAAGGCUGCAACAACGUCACUUGUUCCCCCGGAUUGGAUCGUUGUAGCAGCAUCAGGCAUAAUGCUCUUGUCACCAAGACCUGCUCGAACAGUGCAGCAUGUGUUGCACCGACAACCUGCUGCUCCACUGACUUGUGCAACGGAGCCACACCCGCCGCCUCCAGCUCCACUGACUUGUUCACCGGAGCCACACACGCCGCCUCCAGCAUCCUCCUCCUGAUGGCAUCAUCGGCCAUCGUCACGCUCUUUCUCUGA